GACCGUACGAGUUGUCAGGAUCCUUCCUAACUAGUCAAAAAUGAUGUCCCUGGUCGCUCGUUUGGGGACUUUGUCCCCUUACCUGCAGGCUUGUGGUCCGCUGAAAACAUUAGUACCCGGAGCAGUGAACAAAGAAGUGCUGAUGAAGUGUGCUGCGAGCGGCCAUUUUGGAGCACGUCUCGCUCACACAGACAUCAAAAUCCCUGACUUCUCUGACUAUCGGCGUGCUGAGGUGUUGGAUCCUAAGGCGUCCUCUCAGGAGAGCAGUGAAACUAGACGGUCCUUCUCUUACUUGGUGACCGGAGCCACUGCUGUGUUGGGUGUCUAUACUGCCAAGACGGUUGUGACCCAAUUCAUUUCCUCAAUGAGUGCCUCUGCUGACGUCCUGGCCCUGUCCAAAAUCGAGGUCAAGCUGUCUGAUAUCCCAGAAGGGAAAAACAUGACCUUCAAGUGGAGAGGCAAGCCUCUGUUUGUUCGUCACAGAACAGAGAAGGAGAUCGCAGCUGAGGAGAGUGUAGACCUUUCGGAGCUCCGAGACCCCCAGCAUGACAAAGAUCGCGUCAGCAACCCCACCUGGGUCAUCGUUAUUGGUGUCUGCACUCAUCUCGGCUGUGUCCCAAUCGCAAAUGCCGGUGAUUACGGCGGGUACUACUGCCCCUGCCAUGGGUCACAUUACGAUGCUUCAGGAAGGAUCAGAAAAGGUCCCGCACCUCUCAACUUGGAGGUGCCUUAUUAUGAAUUCCCUGAUGAGGAAACUGUAAUUGUUGGAUAGGAUAAACAAUGGACAUUUUCUCUGUAUGCUUUUAAUCUGUCUGGCCAAAUCUAACUAUUAAUAAAUAUAUAUUUUAAAGCAACCAAAA